AUGACCAACACCAUUUCCGCCGGAGAUCCCAAGAUUGCCAACGAUGUCAAGCAAGCCAUUGACAGCGAGACUGCCACCCUCCGUGAAGUCAGCUUGCAGAUUCACAGCAACCCCGAGCUGGGAUACGAGGAGGUCUUUGCGCACAAGAUCCUGACCGAUUACAUCGAGGAGCGAGGAUUUACCGUGACCCGGCAUGCUUACGACCUCAAGACCGCCUUUGUUGCCGAGUACGUAUCGCCUGCUGCUAAGGCAUUGAUCGCCGAUGGACACGGUGAUAAGGUCCGAACCAUCGGUUUCAUCAGUGAGAUGGACGCCCUUCCCUUCGUCGGGCUGGCCUCUGCCGUAGGUACCAAGGUUGCUCUUGAGAAGAACAACCUCAUCGGACGCAUCAAGUUGUUUGGAACCCCAGCUGAGGAGACCACUGGAGGCAAGAUCGAUAUGAUCAACAAGGGCGCUUUCGAAGGAUUGGAUGCCUGCAUGAUGUCCCAUCCUGCUCCUGCUGAUGUCGUCUACUGCACCAUCCUGUCGGUUGGAGGCAUGACCGUCGAGUACUUUGGAAAGGCUUCCCACGCCUCUGCAUCGCCCUGGGAAGGCGUCAAUGCAUUGGAUGCUAUGGUCCACGCCUACAACGGACUCGCCCUUGUUCGUCAACAAACCGCUCCCACAAGCCGCAUCCACUGUGUCAUCACUAACGGAGGCGCCGCCGCCAACAUUAUUCCUGACUACGCCUCUGGAAAGAUCAUGUACCGUGCAACCAGCGCUGACGAUCACGCCAAGGUCUACGAUGCCGUCAUGAAGGUCGUCAACGCCGCUGCUGACGCAACAGGAUGCACCGUCAAGAUCACCAAGGAGAUGGAGUACCAGCCCGUGCCCAUCAAUGAACACCUCGCCAGCAGAUACGCCUCCUACACCGCCGGCCUCGGAGUCAAGUACCUCCCUCGUGCUGUCCAGGAGUCUCUCCCAUCUGGCUCGACCGAUAUGGGUAACGUCGCUCACGUCGUCCCUGGAAUCCACCCCGUCUUCAACAUUGUUGGUCUCAACGGCGAGAUCGACCGCUCCGUUUCGAACCAUUCGUUCGGGUUUGUGGCGCAGGCAAAGGCUGAGGUUGCUCAUGAGGCCAGCUUGCGCUCAGCCAAGGGUUUGGCUCUCACUGGCUUGGAUGUCUUGAUCGAAGAAGGUUUCGCCGCCUCCAUCAAGGAUUCAUUUGAGAGGCAGGUCCCCAAGGGAAGCUCAGGAUUGUCGUCUCUUGAGCAGAAGUUCAAGGCUAUGGCUGGCAUUGGAGCAGGAUGCGGAUGCCACUAA